GUUUUCUGUAUAUAACCCUUCUCUGCUGCUCUUCACGCUGACUGCUCCUCUGUCUACCUCAGUCCUCAGUCCAAACCACAAACCUCUCACGAUGGCUCAACAACCAAUCAGCCUCCCUGCAAAGCUCAUCAAUGGCGGAGUUGCAGGACUGGUGGGUGUUACCUGUGUUUUCCCCAUAGAUCUUGCCAAGACAAGACUCCAGAACCAAAGAGGAAGCCAACGGGUCUACAAAAACAUGAUGGACUGUCUGAUAAAGACUGUUCGCUCUGAGGGAAACUUUGGAAUGUACAGAGGUGCAGCGGUCAACCUGACACUGGUAACCCCUGAAAAGGCCAUCAAACUGGCCGCCAAUGAUUUCUUCCGUCAGCGACUCAGUAGGGGAGAACUCAAGCUGAGCGUGUUUCAGGAAAUGCUGGCUGGCUGCGGGGCAGGGAUGUGUCAGGUUACUGUAACAACCCCCAUGGAAAUGCUCAAGAUCCAGCUUCAGGAUGCAGGACGACUUGUGGCCCAGCAGAGGAAGUUACCCAUGCUCCAAACUGUGAAACUUGGAACGGCCAGUCCAGUCCUGAACUGCUCCUACAGUGUGGGUCCUGUGUCUUCAACCAGGAGAGUGUCGGCCAUUCAAAUUACCCAGGAACUGCUUCGCACAAAGGGCAUUCAGGGACUUUACAAAGGACUAGGUGCAACCCUCAUGAGGGACAUCCCCUUCUCUGUGAUUUACUUUCCACUGUUUGCCCACAUCAACCAGCUGGGCAAGACAUCUGAGGGUGACGAUGUGCCUUUUUACUGGUCUUUUAUUUCGGGCUGUGUGGCUGGAUGCACAGCGGCUGUGGCGGUCAGUCCUUGUGAUGUGGUGAAAACCCGGCUCCAGUCACUCAAUAAAAGUGCCAAUGAAGACACCUACAAUGGCGUGUUAGACUGCAUCAGAAAGAUAAUGCGUAAAGAAGGGCCAACUGCUUUCCUGAAGGGUGCCGGCUGCAGGGCGCUAGUCAUCGCUCCACUCUUCGGAAUUGCUCAAGUGGUUUAUUUCAUCGGUGUUGGAGAGUUCCUCUUAGGACAAAGCCCAUUCAACCUUUACUCUGUCUAAACAUCUCCACACUAUGAAACCAACUGAAUUAAACUUUAAAGACCAAUGCUGCUAUGAUGCAACUAAAUGUUUGAGAACAAACCAACCCGGUCACAUGACAUUUCGUAAUAUUUUAUAUGAGAUGGUGGUAUCGUGCAAAUCUGGGUCAUACAAAAACAGAAACCUACUUUAGUAAUCUGGAAGGUUACAUGAUCCAAGUUAGAAGACAUCACAUGAUUUCGCCAUCUUGUGCAAAUUAUUAAGUGUUGCCAUGAAUGUGUGUUGAAACAAAUGGUUUUCAAGGAAGAUUGAUAAUGGCUUAUGAGUUAAAUUUCAUGUCUUUACAUGCUACCUUUAGCAUAUUCAAUAUGCUUAUUCAGGAAGCUAUAGCAUUGAACAUGAUAAGGUUUCUUUUUCUAUUGGAAAUGUAUGGUCAGAGACAGUCAGAUUUAUCCUCAGUGAGGGUUGAUUCGAAAGCUUAGUCAUGAUUCAUGCACUCAAAGAGCCAGAAAAUCUUGUAAUAUCUUUUUUUUCUAUACACACGUCCUUCAUUAACAGUUCUGUCCUAACUUUCUUGUGAAGUUUUGAAUAUGCCACAAUAUUAUGUAGGCGCUGCUGAUUAAUUUGGAUAUUUGUAUGGAGACAUAUCUAUGAGGACAUUGUUAUACAAUAUACAUGACUCUAAAGAGACAGAGAUGGGAAGUUUGAUUCCUGCUGAAGUGAGGUGAGACCGUGAGAGUUUUACAUUAACAGAAUUAAAAUACAUUCUGUUCAACCUAAACUUGUUAAAUUGUCAUACUUAGAUACUUUAAACAUCCUGAACCAUUACCAUUGAACCAAAUGGGUUUGUUUGAACCAAAUGGUAAUCAAGCAGCUCACAUGUGAUUUGUUUGGGAUUCACACAUUGAAAUAGAAGAAAUAAGUAACUGAAUAAUGGUUUGACACGAGGACCAUAACUAACUAAAACCAAUGUGUGUUUUAUUGUUAACUCCACAAUGUUCCUAAUUUUGUUAGUGUGUGCAAAUGCAUUUAAAAAAAAAAGUUUUUAAGUUUGUUUGGCUAGUCUAUUUGCUACUAUACACUGCUGAACAAUUUGGAAACUGUGUAUAACGAUACAUUAAGCAAAACCCUUUUUAGGAUGUACUGAAGUAUGUGAUUCUUUUCAAUUUUAAAAUAAAUGUAAAUUUUAUAUCAAUA